AUGACUGACAAUCCAAAGAAGUUGUUUCUCAAAUUUGAUUCCGUAAAAGUUUUAUUCUAUGCGAUAUUUGAAAACUUCACAAAUGUCCAGAGAGAAGAAUUAAAGAAGACAGUUGCAUACGAUGUGACAAAAGUUGGAGUACUUAUCCAACGUCAUCGUCAAAAAAAUCCCUUACUCGUUCGUAACGAUCCACACCUGCGUGAUACUGUAAUGGAAUCUCAAAGAGUUUUUAACAGGACAAAUACGUUGAAAAUUCCUACAAUUCCUACGUUGAAAAUUCGUGAUGAUAGGUCACAGGUCACUAGGCAAGUCAGUUUUUUGUCAGCUAUUUUGAACCAAUAG